AUGGCUUCCUACUACGACGACCACAGCCUCGAGGACCCAUUCAAGGCACGCAAGAAGACCAACCCUUAUGGAGGCAGUUCAUUUAACCCUGACCUGUCGCACUUUAUGCCUCGCGAGGAGACAGAGUCUACCUCCAGCAGCCCUUCUUCCAGGUCACCCCCAACAUCAGGACCAGCAGUUGGCGACUUCCGUCGUCUUGCAGAGAUGUUUGGAGGGUUCCGCGAAAGAGAGGAGCCUUUGGGCGAUGAGGCUCACCAGGGGUUUCUCGAUAACCUGAUCACUCAAUUGAUGGACGAGGCAGGAGCAAGCGGCAAGCAUGGACCACCACCAGCAGCUAAAUCGUUCAUUCGGGAUUUACCCUUUGUGCCACAGAAGGACCUGAAGCGAGGUAUGCAAACCACGCAAACCAAGCAGACAAUUAUUAUCACGGAUGAGGCGUGCAUUAUUUGUAACGAAAACUUUCAGGAGAACGAGUCAAAGGCAGGAGUGACAAAGCUGCCCUGCAAACAUCAUUUCGACCGUGACUGCAUCGUGCCCUGGCUGGAACUUCAUAACAACUGCCCUGCGUGCCGCGCUGAGGUGCCUUCGGAUGAUCCAGAGUGGAACAGGAAAAAGCGUGAAGCCGAGUUGGCCAAAUACGCAGCCGAGGCCGAGAUUGAUCAGGACUGGAUGUACUCUUAG